AGCGGCGGAUACGGUGGGUGGCCUCGGUCCACUUUCCUCAUCCCCUUCCUUCCCCACAGCAGCCGCCGGCGAGAGGAACCCUAGAUCCCAACUCCAUGGAUCCAUUCCCGUCGAUUCCCGCCCGCCCCUCCUGGAUAAUCCUCGACCGCUUCAUCCACCGCACCGACCGGGACGUGGAGGACGAAGCGGACGGCACAGCGUCGGAGAUCUCCUACACCUGCACCGACAGGCCCAUCCGCGCCUCCAUCCGGGUCGCCGACUCUCCCGCGGUGUCCCGCCUGUACCUCGACUGGCCGAGCAGGGCGGAGUUCGAAGGCCGCCUGCGGGAGCCAUGCGUGAUCGCCGCCGACAACCACUCCAUCCUCUUCACGGCUAUCGUGCCCCUGGAGGAUCCAAUGUGCUGCAAGGACACCGCCAGCUUCCCCGUCGACAUGUUCGUCUACUCGGCCUUCUCGUCGCCUCCGUCGCUCCAUCGGCUUCGCACUUGUUUCACCGGUGGCGUCAGCAACCCCGAUGAGGACAUUUACUUCAAGCCGUACCAGCGCUGCCAGCAGAGAAUCAUGGCGGAGAAACAUACUGGCCUCCUGUGCCACGGCAGCAAAGGCGGGUUCACGGUCGUGGAUUUCACCAACUUCGGCCUAGAGGGCGAGCUCUGCCUGCUGCACCACCCUGCACUUCCUGCUUCUGCCUCGCACAAGAACACUGAAAAAGAAGAAGCAGACUGGAUGAUUAAGAAGGUGCGGUUACCCCCGGGCCCCAGGGUUCGCCGUUGGAUCACUGACGCCAUCAUCCCCCUCCAUGGACGCUACUUGUGCUGGGUUGACAACUACCAGGGCAUACUUGUUGUUGACGUCCUCCGGGCCAGUGACAAGAACACCACAGAUGAGCUGCUGCUCCAUUACAUCCCGCUGCCUCACGAAGCUUUGCAAUCUGACCGCUCACAUCCCGAUGGAGACUGCCCUGACAAAGCUCGAUGUGUCUGCGUCACUGCUGAUUUCACGCUCAAACUCGUCUGUGUUACCACCGGUAAAGCCAACCGAGCGCGAUCUCCUUUCACAAUAAGAUCAUGGACGUUUCCGUGGAAAUUUCCUCACGUCUUCCCAAGUGGGCGAUGGUACAGAGGUCACACCAUGGAGGCAGCUGAGUUCUGGGGUCUUUACAAUGGCCAGAGCCUUCCACGGGUGAAGCCUAUGUAUCCUCUGGUUAGCUUGGUAAAUCCAGCUGAAUUCUGCUUCCUGUUGAAUGAGGACCACACCACUUACUGGAUAAUUAAAGUCAACAUGGGGAAAAAGAUGCUCAAGUCAUCCGCCAUCUAUAUCAAUGAAGAGGAAGAAGGGUGCACCACUGACAGGCCUAGGGCUCGCAGGAUCAUCUUUGAUGGACACUCCUUCAUCCCUAGCGGAAUCUCCUAUUACCUUGGCAUGGAUGAUGCCAUCAAAAGUCGGGAACUAAGUGAAAUGAUGCAGAAGGCAAAGCAGUGCAGGGUGGCGCAAAAGAAGGGUCAAUUGGAAGUGGAGCAAGCAGAAUCGAAGGCAGCCAAAUGCCGUGCUUGAGCAUGGGUUGGUGGUGACAGUCGAGGAAGUGAUCUGCCGCUGAAUCGAGGAAGUGGUCUGCUGCUGAAUCGAGGAAGUGACAAACUAUAGCCUUACAAUUAUUUCAAGUAGUAUAUUAUUGCCAAUGGCUUAUGUUUGGUGUGAUCGACUUUGAACACCUCUACAGGCCACAGCCCAUAGUGGUGGUGCUUGCUGUUUAAGAACUACUAAUUUAUUAGCUGUAGCAUGUGAGAGAGCAGUUGCCUAUGGCUGUCUUCCAUGUUCAUUCUCUAUGGAGAUUUUCUGGAGGCUAUUAUGCAUCUUUAUAUGUAAUAUGCGAAUGCAUUACCCAUCUGAAGUGGUUAUUAGAUUAAUGCGGUUUGAAUUUUGAA